AUGCCCCCUGCCUCUCCCUGUCCUAUUCGCUUCAAGGAGAGGGUCCUGCGGGCGCUGGGCCGAGACCUCGGGCAGAGCAGGACGCGAAGGUGGCCGCAGCAGCCGGCGGAGCUGUGUAACACUGUCGACUUUGGAGAUAGUGCCUACCCCAAAGACCAUUCGUGUGGAACCAGGUGGGAGGCAGCAGCUCAUCAGAGUUGUUCCUGGGAUCACCCCCGUGCUCCGAAGAGGAUCCCCGGCAUCUCGAUUGGUACUACCCCUGAUUUUGGAAAGACCACCUAUUCAAGGUUUAAAAGUUCCAUUGUGAAGAAAUUGACAUCCAGCGUUCCUGUGGCUAGUAGCCCUAUUAGCACAAGGUGGCAGCAGGCACAUGUGAAAAGUGAAGCGGAGCAAACUUUCACAGAAUGUUGGCCUAUUAAUCUCACACCAUCAGAUGGGUCUGAGCUAACAAGGACACCUGAAGAAAUCACAAAAAUUCCAGUAACCUCUCCUAUGCUUAUCAAAACCUCUGCCACGGAACCUGUUAUAAAUAUGAAUGCCAGAUAUCACAAGGCUUACAGGGAAGACUCACAAGGAAGAAAUAAAAGACCAGCUGAAAGUACAAAUGAACAGAAAUGUCUCACUCAGAUAUUAAUGGUCCAAGAGUAUGGAGUCAGUUUCCCAGAAAAUGGUAGAAUGAAGAUCUGUGAAAAUAUGGAAUGCAUCUGGGAAGGUUGCCAAGAUGGAAUCCAGAAUGAAUUUACUCUUCACAGAGUUUCUCUUGACACUGAACCUUUCCUGCCACUGGAGCCAGAAGUCAGGUUUCAUAUUACUGGUUUCCGCAAUGAUUACUACCUAAACACACUGGACUGGAACCGUGAAAAUCUCAUUGCUGUUGCUCUAGGAUCUUGUGCAUACAUCUGGAAUGGAGAAACCCACCAAAGCAUUGAAAGCAUUGAUUUAAAUUCCAGUGCAAAGUACAUUUCAUCUAUUGCUUGGAUAAAAGAAGGAACUUGUCUUGCUGUUGGUACUAGCGAUGGGGAAGUUCAGUUGUGGGACAUUGAAACCAAAAAGAGGUUGAGAAACAUGGUUGGUCACCUUUCUGUAGUUGGAGCCAUGAGCUGGAAUCAUUAUAUACUUAGCAGCAGUGGUUCAAGAUUAGGAUUUGUUCAUCAUCAUGAUGUGCGGGUUGCUCAACACCAUGUAGGGACUCUUUGUCAAAACAAGCAGAGCAUUUGCAGCCUGAAAUGGUCCCUAAACAACAAGCUGCUGGCAAGUGGGUCCAGUGAUGGCAUAUUGAAUAUUUGGCCUAGUGAUCCUGGAGCAACAGUGCAUUGCAAGCCAGUGCAAACUAUGCCCCAUCCCUCAGCAGUAAAGGCUAUGAACUGGUGUCCAUGGCAGUCUGAAAUCCUUGCCACUGGAGGUGGAUUGAAGGAUGGGCUUUUACGUGUCUGGGACAUAAGCAGUGGGAAAACCAUCAAAACCACAGAAACAAAAUCUCAGAUUUGCUCCCUGUUCUGGUUACCCAAUACCAAUGAGCUAGUGACUGGACAUGGUCUCCCUAAGAAUCAGAUCAAGAUAUGGAAGUAUCCCAUGCUUGCAAAUUCAGUGGAGCUUUUUGGUCACAAAGGAAGAGUCUUGCAUGUAGCACUGAGCCCAGAUUGUAGUAGGUUCAUUUCUCUUGCAGCUGAUGGAGUGGCUUGUGUGUGGAAAUACUUCCAGUCUAGUGAAACCAGGCAUAGAAGAGACGACAUCCAGGGGGAUUAUUCUAGGACAUUGUGGUGA